UGUGGCAUUAUAGAGCAUAAAUGGAUUGGUGCUAUUAUGUCUCUCUCACUCUAUUUAUCUGUCUAUCUAUAUAGAGGGAGAAAGAAUCAGCUGUUUUUGUCGACCCCUCCUCUCUCCCCUCAUCCCUCGCUAAUGUUACUAUCUUUGACAAGGCUGGCACACGCUUACACUGCACGCCUCACCACAUGCACAUAUGGAGAAAGCAACACACACACACACAAACACACUUACUCACACACACAUACUCACACAGACACACAUGCGCACCAAAGGCUAGCCCGAGGACAGCACGCGCUUGAGAGACAACCUCCUGACACACACACACAUUCACACACACUCAAGUGCAUUCUGUGGACUCAAUAUACCAACACAGAGGCGAGCCGAUCUGCUGGAAACCACAGAGAAUUGAAAGACUGGAGCUCACCUCCCCCUCCUCCUCCCCUCUCUCUCUCUCUCUCUCUCUCUCUUUCUCUCUCUCUCUGUGUCCUCCUCUCUCUCUGAGCAUUACAGCAAGGCAUUGCGCAGGAUUUAACUCCCCUCCUUCAUCUCCCUCUUCUUUAUUUUAAUCGUUUUUUUUUUCCUUUCUCCAAUCCAUCUCUCCUUCUGUGGCAGCCGUUGCUCUUGGCAGCGGAAGGAUAUUUUCAUUUCCAUAUUGGAGCGUUACGAGAGCUGCUAUUCGCUCAUUUCUCCCACAACCGUGUGUGUGUGUGUGUGCGCGCGCGCGUGUGUGUGAGAGAGUGUGUGUGUGAGCUUGGGGGGGGACGCCAAGAAGGACGGCAUCUAAAGACGUCUGGUCACUGGCCUCGUAUCACUGCCUGUGGAGGCUGGCAUCAGGGCCAGCUGAUGCCACAGCAGAUCUGAGGCAGCUGCAGUCGUAGAAGCGCAGACAUGCAGCUCUGCACUGCACCUACAGUGGGUCGAAGGAGGAGAGGAAAUCCGGACAGCCAAGGUUUUCUAGGUGUGCUGAGUGUGUGUGCUACGUUGCUGCAGUUAUGCGCUGGCUGUCCUUCAGAAUGUGUGUGCAACUCACUGGAAGCUAACUGCAGUGGGAGGAGUCUAGUAUCUGUGCCCGCACUCACUUCUCUCCCGGAGGGCACACAUACCCUCCUUCUGGCCAAUAACCGCCUCUCCUCCCUGCCCCUCUCUGCUUUUGCCAACCUGAGCACCCUGGAGACACUCGACCUGUCCAACAACUACCUGGACAACCUUCCUUCCAGACUGUUCCGUGAGCUGAGUAACCUGAGCGAAUUGAGUUUGCGUAAUAACAGCCUGACGGUUUUGGAUCGCGAGUUGUUUCGCGGCCUGACCCAUCUGCGGAAGCUGGAUCUGUCUCUGAACGGGUUGGCCGCUGUGCCACUGGGCCUUCUAGAUGAGCUGCAACAGCUAACCUGGCUCUCCUUGGCUGGGAACAGACUUCACGCCCUGGAGAGAGCCACGUUCGAGCCUCUUGUCAACCUUCAGCACCUGGAGCUGGGCAUGAACCCCUGGGAGUGUGACUGCAACCUGAGAGACUUCAAACACUGGAUGGAGUGGCUAAUAUACAGAGGCGGUUAUGUCGAUGCUGUUGAGUGUACACUUCCGAAGGACUUAAGGGGCCGUGACAUCAGGGGCGUUCCUGUGGAGAUGUUCAACUACUGUCUGCAAUUGGAGGAUGAAAAUGGGGGCGGGACUGGGAGCACAAAAGGUGGAUCGCCACCAUGUUUUCGAGGGACAGCCGCUCCGUCAUCUGACAGUGCUGUAGUACGUACAGAGGCAGAGCUACCAGACUGUGUGAAGCAGCGCUAUCGGCCGGUCAGUGUUCGCAGGGCGAUCGGUACAGUAGUGAUCGCUGGUGUGGUUUGUGGAAUUGUUUGUAUAAUGAUGGUAGCUGCCGCAGCGUAUGGCUGUAUUUAUGCCUCUCUGAUGGCAAAAUACCAGCGAGAGCUAAAGAAGAGGCAGCCUUUGAUGGGUGACGCAGAGGCCGAAACCGACCCAGAGGAAAAACAGAUCUCAUCAGUUGCAUAGGGGAACGGGGGAGAGGGGUCAAAGUUCAGAGGGAUGCUACAAAUAUAAAGAAUCCUUUACUGAUUGAGCUGCACAUUUGAUGAUCACUUGCCCAGCGGAGGAUUCAUCAUCCUUGUGUCCUGUUUCUCUGUCCUUCCUGAGACCCUCUCUGACUCUCAGACUUACUCUUUACUCAAUCUCUAAACUUUGGCUUAUGACCUUUGACCUAUUUGCCCCAGGACAAGAGGGACCACUCAGCACUUUAAACUCCCCCACCCUCCCCCAAUGUUGAGAGGAUCUCAGCAGAGGAGGCGUGGAUGCAACUGUUCACAGUUCUGAACCCUGAUGUUUCUAGAGGAUCAUGUGCUGUCAUUAGCAUUAGCCUCUGUAGCAGCAUAACCAUAAACCAAACAUCCUAUCAUAACCCUAACCCCAAAACCUUUACCUCUAAUCCCAACCUUUCAAUACUAAUCAAAACCACCAAUCUAACUGUCACCCUUAAAUACUAAUACCAAUCCUUACUAUAUAGGCUCAUCUGACCAUUGAGGUAACACUGUGUCUACACCGGGUCCACACCACAUCAAAAACCAAUAACACUCAUUAUAAUCAAUGUUGCUUCUCGAUGCAUCAUACUGAGUCACAGACCGUAAACAGACGUCCUAAUUUCUGGUGUACUGUAUGUGCUUGUUCUACUUCUGACAAAAGGACAAAUUGAUUUGUAAUGUUAAUUUUGUCUAGUUUACAUAGCCUCAUGCAGUUUCUGCAUCUCCUGUCAAUAGACAUGCUCGGUGUAAACACUGUGUAAUCCUAAACCUCCAGCUCUUGUUUUAAACCUUUACCCAUCAACCACCAAUUUUAAUUCCAGUCAUACUAUAUUAAUCCACCACUAAUCUGAACCCCAACUCUAAACCUCCAACACUAAUCCUUCCAAUACCCUAACACUCCAUCACUAAUCUAACGCUCAACCUUAAUUCAACACUAAUUCCUCCAUUAACCCCAAUCCUUAACUGCAAACAACAACCCCUCCAUUACCCUAACAAUCCAUAACUAAUCUAACCCCAACCUUUACACCUUGAACUAGUCCCUCCAUUACCCCAACGCUCCAUCAGUAAUCUGAACCUCCAACCUUUAACCCCAAACACUAUUGCCCUAACACUUCAUCAUAAAUCUAAACCCAACCCUUAACCCCCAACACUAAUAUUUCCCUUACCCUAAAACUACAUCAAUACCAUACCAUAACACUCCAUGAUUAAUCUGAACCCCAGCCCUUUCCAAAACCCACUCCAACCAUUUACCAUAAAGUUUCAUAAUUGAUCUUUACCAUCAAACCCCAAAUUUCCAACACUAAUCCCUACCCUUACCAUAACCCCCAUCACUAAUCUGAACCCUCAACCCUAAACCUCCCAACCCAAAUAUUAAUUCCUUUACUAAACUCUAACCAACUCUCACCUCCAAUCCUAACUGUAACCCUUAACCUUAUCCUAGUGUGCAAUGGACAUCAUUUCCCCGCAUAUCAUAUUUGGAAAUAUUCCCAUCUUAUUUAUCAGCUAUAAUAUAUUCUAUACAAUGUGACGUGACCCCAGAUUUCUGUUCUUAAGUGUGAGGUUUGUCCUCUGUAUUGUGUGAUAAUAAUUUGUGUUGAUAACAUUGUUUUGUUUGUUUACUGUUUGCUGUUUCCCCAUGUUCAUCUCUAGAGGUCAGACGUGUUUUUGUAAGAAUAGAAGAAUCCAGCCCUGGUGUCUAUCGUGAAGUGUCUUGAAGUAUCGUGAAGUGCUAAUGUAGAGCAGGCUGAGGACUCUGUUAGUGGAGGGUGGCGAAUUGUGGCUACUGGAAAUGUUAAUUACACCUUGGUGGUUAAAGAAGCACAGUGGUCCUAAAGAAUAGCUGCCCUCUUAACUAAAAACAGAAAGGCAAUAGCUGAGGAGGAAAUAAAUCUUACCUUUAUUAAGAUAGAUUUUUCUGUGCAAUAUAAAUCAAUGUCUUUGUUGGUCUGUUGUUUAAUUCCGGACUAAGAUGUCAUAGCUGAUUUAGUCUGAUCCUUUCUCUCGGGCUGACGAUGAACGGGAAUCGAUUGCAUUUGUGCGAUCAAUUUUCUGCUUGUGGACCAAUUUGCAUAAUCCGCUUUUCUUUGAGGGCAGAAGUUGUUUAGACUGAAUAAUUCAGAUAAAUUUGACUCAGGCUUUCAGAAGCCAACAGAUAUCAUCAAUAUAAGCUUUUCUGCGGCAUUCAGCCUCAGCGACUGGACAUGAAAGGGAAAGAAAGACUGGCAGAAAUUAGUUACACGCUCUUAAUGUGAACCAACAUAUAUUUUGCCUCAAUAUUACUUACAAUUUAGAACCAGAUUAUAACGUUGCUAAUGUCAAGAAUAACGUCAUCGUUGGGUGUUUUGCACAAUGCUGCCAUCUGUAGGAAGGAUGUGCAGUAGGCACAAGGGUGCGGAGCAAAUAUCACACCACCUCAUCAGGAUUUAGAAGAUGCUCUUCCGCUGUAACUAUAGCAACAAUCUUUCCCACACACUAUUCAUUACCAAUGCAAAUUACUGGUAAGGUUGCUGGCAAAAAGUUGUAAAUCAAAGUACAACUAAUUUGCGUGCCAAUACCGACACCAGCAGUUAAGCGUCUAGGACUUGUCUCUGUGUUCAGUGAUAUUUCCAGCCAUAUGCUGACUAUAUAUAAGUACAGGUAUACAUUUAUUCAAAGGUAUGUUGAAUACAUGUAUAUAUUUUAAUCGGUGUCUUACAAAUUAUUUAUGAACAGUAACUCGCAAAACCUGAGAAUACCUUUUCCCUGCAAAUUUCUUUCGCAGAGGAACUCCGAAAAUUCUCUGUGAGAGAAAACUCAUGAAUUAUUAAUGAGAGGAGUUUUGUCUAAUGGUUGCGGUCUUUCCUGCCGUUACUGUUUAAGUUAGCUCUUAUUUUAUACAGCAUGUGUCAUAGGCCUGUUCUCUGCACGGGGCGACAAUACACAUACCCUGUAUCCUCUUCUAUGAAAAAAAAGCACUUUUGCCACUGGUGGACUAAUACUUUCCUGUCAAAUUGCACUUAUUGCGAAUAAUCUCAAAAGUGAGCACAUGCUUGUUUAUUGAUGUCAGCAAUGCGCUUUUUCUGAAUCUAAGCCGACAGAGUAGUUGUGAUGUAAUGUCAGUGAAUAUGAAGGGCCAUUUAUAAACGAGCAGCGACUCAGCUUAGGUGUGUUUACUCUCUGUCCUGGCCUUACAUAUAACAGCAGGGACACCACACAGUUCACUACACCUCCCUGCAAAACGAAAGCUUUGUAAAUCCCAUUGGAUGGAUGAAAGGAAAGAAUUUGUCCAAUUGACUGAGCUGAAAGCAUCUUCAAAAUCUCUCUGAAGUUCAGAUUUAAUAUCUUAUAGCGUAUUGAUGUGACCCUUUCUUCACUUGACCUUUUUUCUAAGACUGAUAUGAGAUCCUUCUUUAUAUUUUCGCUUGAUAAAAAUCAGUUUGAAAUAUGAUUUGUGAGCUGUGAUAUAAUUCUGUGUUAAAAUGAAUAAAGAAUGUAUUUCCGUAAA